GGUUCACCCUGGGCGCGACGGCCUAACUCGCGUAACAACUAUACAAACUCAAAACGGGACUUUCAAGCGUCCUGUUGUCAAACUUUCACCCUUGCCGAUGAAACCAAGGGCUGAACUCGAGGACAAGCCAUCGACAAGCCACACUGAGCAAUCAUUGGAAAACAACGAAUCUGAACGAGGCAACACUAAGAAAUCUACAAGAUAUCCUAGAAGAAAUAAAACCGCCAAGCUAUCCUUCGUAACAUUGUUUACAACUUUUAUAACCAUGUGCGCUAUAUCAGGGUCGCACGCCGCCAGCGCGUCGACGUCGGCACAUAUUACGAACCUUGAACCCGAGCGACCGAUAUAUUAUGAUACAAUCGGCAAGGUACAAGUAAUACAUAAUAAAUGGACAUUACUUAUGUAUUACAACCUAACUAACUAUUGGGAAGGAGUUCGUCGCAUUGAAACAUACCUACAUGGGGUGGAAGACUGGUGUGCGAAGACGGACCCAAGAUAUUGCAAAACUACUCUCAACCAACUGUACCACGAAAUGGAUCUCCUGCAAUACUACAACUCUAUGCUGCUCGCCCCUCACAAGCAUCUAACCGACAGGAAGAAACGAGGACUAGCCGACGGGGUUGGGUACUUAGCUAAUAGUUUAUUCGGAAUCCUGGAUCAACGUUUUGCCGAAAAAUACAAAAACGACAUAGAAGCCGUACAUGACAAUGAAAACUACCUACUCGAACUCAUCAAGAAUCAAACAACUAUCGUCGAACUAGAAAACAAGGUGCUAAAGAAAAAUGAAGUUAACAUCCAACAACAAUUCAACGUUAUAGAGACCUUCAUGAACGAAACGAAUAUCAACAUAGCAAAAAUUGAGUCAGCAGUGGAAAUCGCCAUGGCCACGAGCUACUUUAAUUCGGCUUCACUAUCAGCCUACCUACUCAUCAACAAUCUAAAGAACAUGCAGGAAAUGCUAUUCAACACCCUAACUGAUGUCUACAAGGGCCAUAUCGACGUCCACCUUGUGACGCCGGUCAGCCUAAUCGAGCAAAUGAACAUUAUCGCUGGCAAGCUGCCAAGAACCAUAUCUUUACCUGUUCACAACAUACAAGAAGACAUCAAGGACCUCUACAAACUACUGUACGUUAAAGCUCGAGUCACCGACACUUAUUUCUUCUUCGAACUUCACAUUCCUCUAAUUUCAGAUGAAGACUAUACGUUACAUCGUGCUAUACCGCUGCCCGUCAAAUCAACUCAAGACACUGUCAUCGUGCAAACAAGUGCCCGUUAUAUAGCCGUUAACCUGCAGAAAAAUACCUACAUAUCCUUUAAAGAAGAGGACCUUCAAGAAUGCGUACAGUUGAAACCAGAAACUUUCAUAUGCAACAAAAACUUGCCAGUGUUUAACCUUCACAAUGAAAACAUUCCAUGCGAAGCAAAACUAAUAAGUCAUCGCACGAGUACACCAUGUGACGUAGCGCAUACGUCAUGUCAGAACGCCUGGAUCGAGUUGCACUCACCAAACGCUUGGCUUGCCAUUUGCUGCGAUACCUGCACGCUACGAGCCAUAUGUGAACAAGAUGUGACGUCACACACUAUGACGUCAUCCGGGAUAGUCACUUUAGCACAAGGUUGCAUACUGCAAUCUAAAUACCUAACUAUACAUUCACUAAACCAAUACAACAGCAAGAUGAAGAUGGACUAUGAGAUAAACGUGCCCUCAGUAACAUCAUCCAUUAAUCGGAUUGCAAAUCUGACCUACCACAACAUACCACAUCUUUACCAUACUGAACGUAAACACAAGGACACCGAUGUAGAAGAAGUGGAUAAUAGAAUACAGUUCCAGAAGAACAAGGAACAAGGUUUCCAAACAACUUUAACUACCCACGAUAUUCAUCAAUAUACUAUCAGCUAUGCCUUGCUGGCCGCUGUCAUAUCUGCUGCUGUCUUUUGGGGAGUGGGAAGAUGCUAUCCCGAUCUGUGCAAGCUAAAGAAGCGCAAACAAUGCUCACUACAAUCAGUAAGGCCACACUACGAGGAUAUCGAACUUCAACCGAUGCCAGAAGAGAAAAGCCAGCCACAACCACAAACCGGUGCGAGACCAGCGAGCCACCUCGCGCCACGCCCGAGCCGUCGCCUCGCAACCAAGGACAACGUGUCAUUCGACUUUGAUUAAUUGGAUUUCUUGAUUUAUUUGUAAUGGCUUUUCCUCUUGUUGAAAUUUAUCUUAACUUUCUCUCUCUCUCUCUUUUGGGGUUGCCAGCAUGUACAGUCUAGCAACUGCACAUUUUUCCGUUUACGCUGCAACCUACUUAAGGCCGAGCCGUAAUUUAUUAUUUUAAGUAAAGGUAAAUUUAGUGCGUACCUAGCUCUCUUACGAUA